AUAAACCAGGAAUUAUUGCUUAAUCGCAGUGGCUAAAAUGAUGCGCAAUCGGCCGAUUGAACCAAAGAAAUGGUCAGAGAGGGAAGUCAAAACUAUAUUGAAUUAUAUGCAAAUGCACCGAAAUAUAGAGAUUUUCAGAAACCAACUGCACAAUCCUAUUAUAGAAAUCUAAUAUCCGCGACCAAAAUAGAUGCGACCUGGAACUUAAUUCGUUAUAAAGUUCGUCACUUAAAGAACGGAUGGCAAAAGGCCGAAACGUACAGGAAGUCUGCUGGGGAUGAAAUGGAAGAAGGCGACGCCCUGCGAGCAAAAUUGAUCAAAAUAUGUCCUCACUACGAUCAACUGAACAGUAUAUUUUCGGGUGGCAACAAAAUAGAAGUGAUUGUUUGCGACUCUCAGGGCUCGCAGGGCAGCAUCGUGCUCACAAACGACAUGCCACAAUACGAAGAGGAAUCGACGAUUAAUCCCCCGAUUACAAUGGAUGAUUUCCCCGACGCCGAAUUCCUCGAGAAAGCGAACGAAGAAACCGAGAACUGUUAUAUUACAGAGCUGAUGUCAAUGGAGGCAAGCAGGACGAAGUUUCGUCAGGAUCGACUCAAGUUGGAGAGAGAGACACUUAAGCUGCAGCGGGAGCAGUUUUUGUUUGCAAAAGAAGUGGAGGAACGGAAGCUGAAAUUAGAAGAACGUCGUAUAGAAAAUGAUUUUAAAUUAAAGCAGCUGGAGUUGGAGCAGAAGGAGCGAAUUCUCAAGCUAGAACUUGAGCUUAAAUACAGAGAACAGCAAUAAAUUCACUAACACGUUAUGCACAUAUGAAGAUUUACUUAAAACUUACACAGAAAUGCUAUAACCCGAAAACUUUACAAGAUCAUAUCUUAA